AUAUAGAAAUGGAGAAUCCUGAGGAAGAAUCAAAUUUUGUAAAGGGAGGAACCCUAAUUGUUUGUCCCAUGGCAUUACUUGGCCAAUGGAAGGAUGAGCUAGAGACCCAUUCACGGCCUGGUUCGAUUUCUGUAUUCAUUCACUAUGGUUGUGACAGAACAAAUGAUCCCAGAGAAAUUGCCAUUUAUGAUGUCGUAUUAACAACAUAUGGGGUUCUACAAUCAUCUUUUAAAUCUAAUUCAAAUUCAAAGCCGAGCAUAUUUCACAGAAUUAAUUGGUACAGAGUGGUACUAGAUGAAGCACACACCAUCAAAUCUUCAAAAGCUCAAGUAGCCCAAUCAGCCUUUGCUCUAACUGCAUACUGCCGUUGGUGUCUUACUGGUACUCCUCUUCAGAAUAAUUUGGAAGAUCUCUACAGCCUCCUUUGUUUCUUAAAGGUCCAGCCAUGGUGUAAUUGGGCAUUGUGGCAGAAACUGAUUCAAGGGCCUUAUGAGAAAGGUGAUGAAAGAGGGUUAAGAUUGGUUAGAGGUAUUCUAAGAUCACUGAUGCUUAGAAGAACGAAGGACACAAAGGAUACAAAUGGAAGGCCCAUUCUCGUUCUGCCUCCUGCCACUGUACAGAUUGUGGAAUGUGAACAAUCAGAAGCUGAGCGUGUUUUCUAUGAUGCUCUUUUCAGGAAAUCAAAGGUCAAGUUUGAUCACCCCCUAUUUUUCCUAUGUGCAGUUCAGAACUGUCCGCAUGCAUGUGGGCAGUUCUGA